CUUAAAAGCAUUAUUUCAGAUCUAGUUAGUUCAACUAAUUAAGCCAAAUGAUGCUGCUGCUUCUUUUUUGUUUUUGUUAAUGACUAAGACCGCACCGACUUGUUACUUUUAAUCAAACAUUACGUCUCGCUGAAGCUAGUAAAACUUAACGUACCUGAAAAUGUAAACAGGAGCUAUUUCCUCUUUCGCUUCAAUUAUGACUACUUGGACAGCUUUACAUAGUCCUGGGACCUCUAGGAAGUCUCAUAACCGACGCAUGCGACACAGGACUCUAACAGACACACGUGUCAUUCUCUAUGACCUGACUGUUCUAAAAGAUGAAGGAGAUGACCCAAAGAAUGCUAUAUUAUAUUACUAUCCAGAAACGAUAGAUGAAACAGAACUUUGUAACAUAUUUGGUCAAUUGAUGGGAAUGAUUAAUAUCCAUGAAAAUUACUUGAACUCGCCUCCACGUUCAAUUUACCUUUAUCGAGGAAUGUAUGUGUUCAAGCAUUUCAAAGAAUAUCGGUUGGUCCUUGGAAGUACUCAAAGUCAGAAUGAAUCUGCUCUGUUAUAUCAACUUCAGUUAUUGUAUGAAGUGUUCUGCUUACUACAGGGAAACCUAAAAGAUGUGAAAAAGAAUAUCACUGGCAGAGAUCACGAGGAUUUCUUGAAUAAGCUGAAAUGUGUUUUUGACAGUUAUUUACCAUUAUGUUUCCAAUAUGAUAGUGUUAUUGAACAUUCUUUUCGGACCAUUCCAUCAUUCAAGAUCCCUAAAACAGACUUCUCAAUAUUUAUGGAAGUUGUUACACUGCUGGAAACAAGCCAACGAUGGGCUGGGGUACUUGGAGGAUGUGUACUGUUUAAGAACAAAGUGGUGUACUCACAACUUCCUCUCCAACUAACCAGAACACUUGCUGCGAUUCAUGCAGAUCUACACAAUCUUGAGAGUGAAUCAGUUGAUAUAGGUUCUGUUCCAGAAGGUGGGAGCUUGACAAAGCUAUAUGUAUCUUCUGAUAUCUAUACAAAACUUUAUGAAACAACACUACUUCCUAAUUCUCAACAAUGCAAUGAUUCUAGAAGAUUUUCUGUCACAACUGCUGCAUCAAUUGCUAAUAUAGCAGAGAUUAGUUCAGCAUCCAAACCACUGAUUAAAUCAGCUUUGAGGCCCUCAAAGAGUUUAGAAGUAAAAACAUCAGAAAGUGAGACUGACGAUGACCUUUUGGUGAGAGAUGACAGUGUGGAAUCUGAUGACAAAGAAUCUGCUGCGAAGGCCCUUGCUGAGCAGACAAAAGCCCGGGCUGCCUAUUUCACUCUCAUUUCAGAUUCUACCCUUGAUUCUGAUACUAUACAUUCAAGGACUUCUCUGAAAGAUCUACAACAUUUGCGUACAGCUAGUAUUAGUCUGGACGUUGGAGAAACAUGGCCUGUUAUUAAUGUACGUGUGAACAGCAAAUAUGAAGAGGAUGAUGCUGCGCUGGAAGAAGAAAAGCCUGAUUUGCAGAGAAAAAAUUCAAAACCUCAGAGUCCAAAAGAUAACACAGAUGAAAAACUACUAAUUCAAUUCAAAAAUCGACCAGCUAGUAUCAGCCAAGCAGAAGAAAUUACUGCAAGUAAAAUAAAGUCUUCAAAUAAGAAAGUAUACACUUCUGAUUCUUCUGCUGAGGAGACAAGAGAUACAUCAAAUGCCCUAGCUGCAGACGGUUGUUCAUUAAAUGAUGAAAAUGCCAUGUAUGGCUCCAUGUUGUCCCUUUUGUCAAAGCAAAGUGGAAAGAACAGCAUCAAACCAGCAUUCGUUCCAAAGCCAAGUCUGCCUGAAUGUUCUACUUGUAUCGGAGAUGAAUGUGACUUGAUUCUCUAUGUGCAGAAUAACUCUGAGAGCUCUUCUAUGUUAUUGAUGGAGCCUUCUGUUUGUAACAUGGAGAUGAUACAGACAUUGUGGAAGAUUAUCCUUCCAAAGCUUGGAAACUUGGAUUACCAUUUUAAGAAAAUGGAUCAACACCCUAAAGCAGAAUCUCUCCGAAAACAAGUUAUGAACAGCAUUGUGCUCGAUAAUGUCCAGCAACAGCUUACAGGUUAUGAACGACAGAAACAUCCAAUGGUUGAUGCUGAACUGGAAAAAAUGCUGUUAGAUAUCCAUAAUACUUUUGAAUCAUAUUCUACAGCAACAGAUAUAACAUUAGGAAGUCAUUGUGCUUGUACUUACGGACACAAAAACCCAGCAAUAGAAGCAUUUUUCCAGAAAUCUUUUGAACAAAGUCUUGCUUUUUCUCCUCAAGCAAGUAAUAUGAUCUUUAUAAUGGAAACGCUGGCUCGGAACCAUUUAAGAGAUGAUAAAGAACUUGUAUUGGUCUGAUUUUCAUGUAUUGGUGUGAUUUUCAAGGCCUUGUUUUGUUUUUGUUUCAAAGCUUAAUUAUUUAACCUAAGAUUAUCUCUUUUAAAUUGUUUUUCAAACUUUGCAGAAGUUUGUAGUUUUUUUAUAUGCAGUUUACUUAAAAAUUCGAAUAUUUAUGAAUUUUCAAUAAAAUAUUUAAAAACC